CUUCCGGCCUCCCCUUGGGCCGGCACAGGCAGCUGAGGGGCGAGUUCGCCACCCGGGGCGUGUGACUUGUGACCCGUGGAGUGGACCCCAGGAAUCCGGGGCUCCCCCUGGACUGGAGCCGAGGGAGCCAUCGCCUGCGUCCUGAGAGCACCCACCCCACGCCCACCUCUGGAUGCUGCCGGCGACCGCCGGGCCCGUGCCCUCCGCCCGCCUGCGGGCUCGGCCCCACGAAGCAGUUCUGGGCCAGGGGUAGGGGCUGGACCCGAGCCCGAUGCGGUCCCACCACCCCUGUGCCCACCUCUUGCGCCGCUGACUGCCUGGGCGGCCCCGCCCCCUGUCCGCACCCCGGCCCCCACUGACCACUCUCCCCCGCUGGGGGAGGCCAUGGCGUGAGCGCGGGGCUGGGCCCCGGGGCCCUCGCGCUCCAGGCGGGGCAUGGGCCGGGGGCCGCCCCCAUGAGGGUCCCGGGAGGGGGGCGCGUGCAGCAGCGGCGGGGCCAUGGGGUCACAGGUAUUGCAGAUCCUGCGCCAAGGGGUGUGGGCCUCGCUCACUGGCGGCUGGUUCUUCGACCCGCACCAGAGCACUUUCUCCAACUGCUUCCACCUCUAUAUCUGGAUCUUCCUGCUCACCUUUCCCUUCCUGCUGUACAUGGUCCUGCCCCCCAGCUUACUGGUGGCUGGCGUGUAUUGCCUGGUGGUGGCAGUCAUCUUUGCAACGAUCAAGACUGUGAACUACCGUCUGCAUGCCAUGUUCGACCAGGGCGAGAUUGUGGAGAAGCGCCGCUCACCCACCGGAGAGCCCGAGGAAGAGCCUGCCCAGGGGGACGGCAGUCCGCCCAGGGACCCGGGAGUAGAGAUGACCGUGUUUCGGAAAGUGGGUUCCACGCCCCCAGUGCGCUGCAGCUCCCAGCAUUCGGUGUUUGGCUUCAACCAGGUCUCGGAGCUGCUGCCCCGCAUGGAGGACUCGGGGCCACUCCGAGACAUCCAGGAGCUGGUCCGGGAGCAGGGCAGCAACAACGUGAUCCUGACUGCCGCCGACCGGGAGAUGCUGCAGCUGAGCUUGAAGGAGAAACUGAUUGGAGACCUUCCCCAGACACCCCCAGGGGCUGCCGCGGACCCUUCCCUCCCCAGCACGGACUCUUCAGAGCGUUCCCCGCUGGCUGGUGACGGAGCCCCCUGGAACGGCAGCAGCGUGGCUGACACGCCCAUGAGCCCCUUGCUGAAAGGGAGCCUCAGCCAGGAGCUGAGCAAGAGUUUCCUGACGUUGACUGGGCCUGACCGGGCCCUGGUGAGGACCAGCAGCCGGCGGGAGCAGCGCUGGGGUGCCAGUGGCUACCAGCCCCUGGACCGGCACGGCUCCGGCGAGCCCACGCCCCGAAAGGCUGGCUCCUCGGACUCCUGCUUCAGCGGCACGGACCGGGAGACGCUGAGCAGCUUCAAGAGCGAGAAGACCAACUCCACCCACCUGGACAGCCCCCCAGGUGGGCUGGGCCCUGGGGGCAGUGACACAGACCCACCCUCAGAGGCUGAGCUGCCGGCCUCCCCGGAUGCGGGGGUCCCCUCGGAUGACACCCUGCGCUCUUUCGAUACCGUUAUCGGCGCAGGGACACCCCCUGGCCCACCUGAGCCACUCCUGGUGGUGCGGCCCAAGGACCUGGCCCUGCUGCGGCCCAGCAAACGGCGGCCCCCCACACGGAGACACUCCCCCCCCAGCCGCCCUCGCAGGCCCCUGCUUGAGGGCGGGGCCUUCUUUGAGGACGAGGACACCAGCGAGGGGAGCGAGCUGAGCCCAGCCUCCAGCCUCCGCUCGCAGCACCGCUACAGCACCGACAGCUCCUCCUCCACCUCCUGCUACUCCCCUGAGAGCUCCCGGGGUGCUGUGGGGGGACCCCGGAAGCGGCGGGCCCCCCACGGCACUGAGGAUGGGGCUGCUGUGCCCCCCAAGCGGCCCUACGGAACCCAGCGGACUCCCAGCACCGCCAGCGCCAAGACACACGCACGGGUGCUGAGCAUGGACGGGGCGGGGGGUGACGUGCUCAGGGCUCCCCUGGCUGGUUCCAAGGCCGAGCUGGAGGCCCAGGCCGGGGCUGAGCUGGCUGCUGGGGAGCCCACCGUGCUGCCUGCUGAGGCCCGCAGGGGACUUGCUGCCAACCAGCCUGGCUGGCGGGGCGAGCUGCAGGAGGAAGGUGCCGUGGGGGGAGUAGCCGAGGAGACGGGCAAGCGGGACCGCUCAAGUAGUGUGAGGCGGACCCAGGCCAUCCGCAGGCGCCACAACGCAGGCAGCAACCCUACGCCCCCAGCCUCUGUCAUGGGCUCGCCCCCCAGCAGCCUGCAGGAGGCUCAGCGGGUCCGGGCAGCCUCCCACUCUCGGGCGCUGACGCUGCCCUCUGCCCUGCACUUUGCUUCCUCGCUGCUGCUCACCCGCGCCGGCGCCCACGUUCACGAGGCCUGCACCUUCGACGACACCUCUGAGGGUGCUGUGCACUACUUCUACGACGAGAGCGGUGUGCGGCGGUCCUACACCUUCGGUCUGGCUGGAGGGGGCUACGAGAACCCCGUGGGGCAGCAGGGCGAGCAGGCAGCCAACGGAGCCUGGGACCGCCACUCACACUCCUCCAGCUUCCACUCUGCCGACGUCCCCGAGGCGGCGGGGGGCCUGAACCUGCUGCAGUCCCGGCCUGUGGUGCUGCAGGGCAUGCAGGUGCGCCGGGUGCCGCUAGAGAUUCCAGAGUUUGACCUGCCGGACCAGGACUCCCUGCACGAAUCCCAGGAGCAGACGCUGAUGGAGGAGGCCCCGCCCCGUGCCCAGCACAGCUACAAGUACUGGCUCCUCCCCGGCCGCUGGACCUCCGUGCGCUACGAGCGGCUGGCCCUGCUGGCCCUGCUGGACCGGACACGGGGGACGGUGGAGAACAUCUUUGGUGUCGGGCUGAGCAGCCUUGUCGCCUUCCUGGGCUACCUGCUGCUGCUCAAGGGCUUCUUCACGGACAUCUGGGUCUUCCAGUUCUGCCUGGUCAUCGCCUCUUGCCAGUACUCCCUGCUGAAGAGCGUCCAGCCCGACGCAGCGUCCCCUAUGCACGGCCACAACUGGGUGAUCGCAUACAGCCGGCCCGUCUACUUCUGCAUCUGCUGUCUGCUCAUCUGGCUGCUGGACGCGCUGGGCUCGGCCCAGUCCUUUCCUCCCGUCUCCCUGUAUGGCCUCACGCUCUUCUCCGCCUCUUUCUUCUUCUGUGCCCGAGACGUGGCCACUGUAUUCACCUUGUGCUUCCCGCUGGUCUUCCUGCUGGGCCUCCUGCCCCAGGUGAACACCUGCCUCAUGUACCUGCUGGAGCAGAUUGACAUGCACGGCUUUGGAGGCACUGCGGCCACCAGCCCGCUCACUGCUGUCUUCAGCCUGUCUCGCAGUCUUAUGGCUGCCGCCCUGCUCUACGGCUUCUGCCUUGGGGCCAUCAAGACCCCUUGGCCGGACCAGCAUGUCCCUGUCCUCUUCUCUGUCUUCUGUGGCCUCCUGGUGGCCCUGUCCUACCACCUGAGCCGGCAGAGCAGCGACCCCACCGUGCUCUGGUCUCUGAUCCGAAGCAAGCUCUUCCCUGAGCUGGAGGAGCGCAGCCUGGAGACGGCCCGGGCCGAGCCCCCAGACCCCCUGCCAGACAAGAUGCGCCAGUCAGUGCGAGAGGUCCUGCACUCCGACCUGGUGAUGUGCGUGGUGAUCGCAGUGCUGACCUUCGCCAUCAGCGCCAGCACCGUCUUCCUUGCCCUGAAGUCUGUGUUGGGGUUCGUGCUGUACGCGCUGGCCGGCGCCGUGGGCCUCUUCACUCAUUACCUGCUGCCGCAGCUCCGCAAGCAGCUGCCCUGGUUCUGCCUCUCACAGCCGGUGCUCAAGCCGCUGGAGUACAGCCAGUAUGAAGUUCGGGGGGCCGCGCAGGUGAUGCGCUUCGAGAAGCUGUACGCGGGCCUGCAGUGUGUGGAGAAGUACCUCAUCUACCCUGCCGUGGUGCUCAACGCUCUCACGGUGGACGCCCACACGACUGUCAGCCACCCGGACAAGUUCUGCCUCUACUGCCGGGCGCUGCUGAUGACCGUGGCGGGGCUGAAGCUGCUGCGCUCGGCCUUCUGCUGUCCGCCCCAGCAGUACCUGACCCUGGCCUUCACCGUCCUGCUCUUCCACUUCGACUACCCGCGCCUCUCCCAGGGCUUUCUGCUCGACUAUUUCCUCAUGUCCCUGGUCUGCAGCAAGCUGUGGGACCUGCUGUACAAGCUGCGCUUCGUGCUGACCUACAUCGCGCCCUGGCAGAUCACCUGGGGCUCGGCCUUCCACGCGUUUGCCCAGCCUUUCGCUGUGCCUCACUCGGCCAUGCUGUUCGUCCAGGCCCUGCUCUCGGCACUUUUCUCCACACCUCUCAACCCCCUGCUGGGCAGUGCGGUCUUCAUCAUGUCCUACGCGCGGCCUCUCAAGUUCUGGGAGCGCGACUACAACACUAAACGCGUGGAUCAUUCCAACACCCGCCUGGUCACGCAGCUGGACAGGAACCCCGGUGCCGACGACAAUAACCUCAACUCCAUCUUCUACGAGCACCUGACGCGCUCACUACAACACACGCUGUGCGGGGACCUCGUGCUGGGCCGCUGGGGCAACUAUGGCCCCGGAGACUGCUUCGUCCUGGCCUCCGACUACCUCAACGCUCUGGUGCACCUCAUUGAGGUCGGCAACGGGCUCGUCACCUUCCAGCUGCGCGGCCUGGAGUUCCGGGGCACGUACUGCCAGCAGCGAGAGGUGGAGGCCAUCACUGAGGGCGUGGAGGAGGACGGAGGCUGCUGCUGCUGCGAGCCAGGCCACCUGCCUCGGGUCCUGUCCUUCAACGCCGCCUUUGGGCAGCGCUGGCUGGCCUGGGAGGUGACGGCCAGCAAGUAUGUGUUGGAGGGCUACAGCAUCAGUGACAACAAUGCCGCCUCCAUGCUGCAGGUCUUCGACCUCCGCAAGGUCCUGGUCACCUACUACGUCAAGAGCAUCAUCUACUAUGUGAGCCGCUCGCCGAAGCUGGAGGCGUGGCUGAGCCACGAGGGCAUCGCAGCAGCCCUGAGGCCAGUGCGGGCACCUGGCUAUGCGGACUCGGACCCUACCUUCUCACUGAGCGUGGACGAAGACUACGACCUCCGCCUCUCCGGCCUCUCGCUGCCCUCCUUCUGUGCCGUGCACCUCGAGUGGAUCCAGCACUGCGCCUCCCGCCGCAGCCAGCCCGUGGACCAGGACUGGAACUCACCACUGGUCACACUGUGCUUCGGCCUGUGUGUGCUGGGCCGCCGUGCCCUGGGGACGGCCUCACACAGCAUGUCUGCCAGCCUGGAGCCCUUCCUCUAUGGCCUGCACGCUCUGUUCAAGGGGGACUUCCGCAUCACCUCCCCGCGGGAUGAGUGGGUCUUCGCGGACAUGGACCUGCUUCACCGGGUGGUGGCACCGGGGGUCCGCAUGGCCCUCAAGCUGCACCAGGACCACUUCACGUCCCCAGACGAGUACGAGGAGCCAGCGGCCCUGUACGAUCCCCGAGGCAGCACGUUCGGUCCUCUGCCUGCAGCGGGCGGUUCCCAGUCCCUCCUCGCGUGA